CUUUCAGGUUGUGGUGGUGUAGGUGUCCUCCUUGUCCUAUGUGGGUGGUUGGAGCUCUCCUCUCCCUGUCCCAGAGACUGUAUCUGCUACACCUCUCCUAGCACCGUGUCCUGUCAGGCCCAUAACUUUCUGUCUGUCCCAGAGGAGAUCCCAGCCCAGAGCGAGAGGGUCUUCCUACAGAACAACAAGAUCCAGCGUCUCCUGCGAGGCCACUUCAGCCCCACCACGGCCAUGCUGUGGCUUUACUCCAACAACAUCUCCUAUAUCCAGGCCUCCACCUUUCACGGCUUUGCCCGCCUGGAGGAGCUGGACCUGGGGGACAACCGUCACCUGAGGGCCCUGGCUUCAGAUACCUUCCAGGGGCUAGGCCGGCUACACGCCCUGCACCUCUACCACUGUGGUCUUCUCAGCCUGCCAUCUGGGAUAUUCGAGGGGCUCAGCAGCCUGCAGUACCUCUAUCUACAGGACAACCAGUUGGAGUUCCUGGAGGAUGAUCUGUUUGUUGACCUGCUGAACCUCAGCCACCUCUUCCUCCAUGGCAACAGGCUAUGGUCUCUCCACCAGAACACCUUCAGGGGUCUGGGGGUGCUGGACCGUCUCUUGCUGCACCAGAACCGUCUGCAGUGGGUCCACCGUCUGGCCUUCCACGACCUGCAUCGCCUCACCACCCUCUACCUGUUCAACAACUCUCUGACUGAGCUGUCUGGGGCCUGCCUGGCUCUGUUGCCUGCUCUAGAGUACCUCAGACUCAACGACAACCUUUGGGAGUGUGACUGCAAGGCCCUGCCGCUGUGGGAUUGGCUGCGAAGGUUCCGGGGCUCCACGUCGUCUCUGGGUUGCGUCUCUCCUCCAGAGCUUCAGGGCCGGGACCUGAAGGAGCUGAGGAAAGAGGAACUACCCAGCUGUUCAGCAGGAGAAGAAACCCAGGGAGGAGGUGUCAUAGGCGGGGACGCCGAGCUGGGGGAGUCCCUGAAGAAAGAGGAGGACCAUCGACUCCAUCACAGGAACCACAGGCACCGCCAUAACCACCACCAGCACCCACACCUCCCACACGGGGAUCAGCACAAUGGGGACCUGUCCCCCUCGCCCCUACCCCUGCCCAGGCCGCCCAAGGGGAGCCGCAGGAACUGUACCCGCAACAGGGGGCGUAAGGGAAAGGGAGGGGGUCAGGGUGGCUUGAAUGAGGUGCAGACACUGAGGGAGGGGGAGGAGAAGGACAACGCCCCUGGAGGGGGUAAACACGACCCAUCUGCCCCCACUCGCAGGAGGAACAAGUGUGUCCCUAGGACUUCAGUUGGACCGCCCAGCGGGGUCAAGAGAGCCAAUAGUAAUGCAGCGUCCCGCUCCGCUGGGACUUUUCUCUGUGUCCUAUUGGCUGGCCUGCUGUCACUCACUGCUGUGAUCCUCCUCUGAGACUGAAAAGAGGGUGUUUUAUAUUAACCCCUAAAAUACAGUACACACUCCUCUGAAUGUCAGACCCACUCUGGCUCCUGCACUGAGGUGUGUGUGUGUGCGUGUGUGUGUGUGUGUGUGUGUGUGUGUGUGUGUGUGUGUGUGUGUGUGUGUGUGUGUGUGUGUGUGUGUGUGUGUGUGUGCGUGUGUUUAAAUGUACUCUGUGUACCUGUAACAUAUGGCAGGGAAGUUCUUUGGGAGUCAUAACUGAAACGUAACAGGUUAUCUGUCGCUAUGAUGUCAUAAGGGGGAGUAUGAUGUCAUAAGGGGGAGUAACAGUCUGUCACAUCCAGAGUUCUGAUUGUGUGGUUGAUCAAAUGAACUGAUGAUUUAAGAAUACACCUACUGCUACAGCCAUAUCACCUGAAAGGAUACCUCAGCACAGACAUAUGAUAAGAUGACCCUGACACAGGUUGUUGCCAAACUGUAAAAACAUCCUUAAAAACACGAAUCCACUGGCUUCUGUAAUCCUGUGUUUGUAACCCAUGUAAGUACAGUGCAGUUUGUGUGAACAGUCUCCAUGUCUGUCUUCCCACUUUAAAACAAGCCAGAAAGAGGAGAGUGAGAAUGAUGGAAUGAGUAUAUGGAACCCUAGCUGUCCAAUGAAGGGUUGAGAGAGUGGAAAAACUGCUGCUUUAGAUGCAGUCCUCACUCUGGAGAUUUCUGAACUAAAUGAUGGACCUGAAAGACUGAAAAUGAAACACUCGGAUUCUACUGAACUGCUGCUAUGUCUGAGGAGAGAGAGCUCCUCAGACAUUCUGGAACCUUCAAUGUUCUGAAAUCUUCAUGGUUCUGGAACCUUUUUCAAUGUUCUGAAAAUCUUCAUGGUUCUGGAACCUUUUUCAAUGUUCUGAAACCUUCAUGGUUCUGGAGUCUUCUUCGGGAUCUGGAACACACAAAAACAUGUAAUGGAGAGGUGAUACAGGGACAGAGGUGACAGAGCGCCCCCAGCGCUUCUUGAGGACUGGAGAGGUAAUAACACCUUCCCAGCCGAGCACAGUCCUACACUCGGGGCUCCAUUCAAUCCGUCCAGCUGAUAUUCAGCGCUAUAUUUCGAUUUAAGUUUAAAGGCAAUGUUAAUGCAUUUGUGUAGACUGUAUUCAUGGUAAACACUGCAUAUGUUGUCUCAAUCAGAAAUGUCUUUACAUUUCAAGCGUGCUAUAGCGCUGAACUACAGCGAUACAGAUUGAAUUGAGACAUCACCUACAGUACCUAGCUGUCCCCACACUGACUGACCUCCCCUGUAGUAGUUUUCCAUAACCCUGGUCCUGGGGAGAUACAACCCUGGUCCUGGGGAGAUACAACCCUGGUCCUGGAGAGCUACAAACCUGGUCCUGGGGAGAUACAACCCUGGUCCUGGGGAGAUACAACCCUGGUCCUGGGGAGAUACAACCCUGGUCCUGGAGAGCUACAACCCUGAUCCUGGGGAGAUACAACCCUGGUCCUGGGGAGAUACAACCCUUGUCCUGGAGAGCUACAACUCUGAUCCUGGGGAGAUACAACCCUGGUCCUGGGGAGAUACAACCCUGGUCCUGGGGAGAUACAACCCUGGUCCUGGGGAGAUACAACCCUGGUCCUGGAGAGCUACAACCCUGAUCCUGGGGAGAUACAACCCUGGUCUGGGGAGAUACAACCCUUGUCCUGGAGAGCUACAACUCUGAUCCUGGGGAGAUACAACCCUGGUCCUGGGGAGAUACAACUCUGGUCCUGAUGAGAUACAACUCUGAUCCUGGGGAGAUACAACCCUGGUCCUGGGGAGAUACAACUCUGCUCCUGGGGAGAUACAACCCUGGUCCUGGGGAGAUAUAAAUGGUAUAGGUCUUUGUUCUAGCCCAGCACAAACAAACCUAAUUAAACGAAUCCUGUAUUUCUCAAUCUAUUCCUGAGGGACUAACAGGGAGUGCCUGGAAUGAAACUGUACACCCCCUGCUGAGAGUCUAGGACUUGGGUUGGUGGCGGCUGCAGGAGACAUAUUUGUACAGCUGUGAAACCUUGAGAUGAUGCUGUAAAAUGACAGUUGUGUCCUUUCGUUCAUGUGAGGUUGAAUUUUGUAACCACAGAGAAACUGGCACAGUCCUGUCUGUCUGUCUGUCUGUCUGUCUGUCUGUCUGUCUGUCUGUCUGUCUGUCUGUCUGUCUGUCUGUCUGUCUGUCUGUCUGUCCCUCCAACACUCCCUCUGUGCCACCAACACUCCCUCUGUCCCACCAACACUCCCUCUGUCCCACCAACACUCCCUCUGUCCCACCAACACUCCCUCUGUCCCACCAACACUCCCUCUGUCCCACCAACACUCCUUCCCUCUGUCCCACCAACACUCCUUCCCUCUGUCCCACCAACACUACCUCUGUCCCACCAACACUCCCUCUGUCCCACCAACACUCCCUCUGUCCCACCAACACUCCUUCCCUCUGUCCCACCAACACUCCUUCCCUCUGUCCCACCAACACUCCUUCCCUCUUUCCCACCAACACUCCUUCCCUCAUUCCUUCCCUCAUUCCUUCCCUCAUUCCCUCCCUCAUUUCCUCCCUCAUUUCCUCCCUCAUUUCCUCCCUCAUUUCCUCCCACUGUCUGACCCUGAUGUUUUGUAUGUGGUUAUAGAAUUACACCAGACUCAAAAGUUGUUUAUAAACUACAUUAAAAAUAAGU